GCUCCCGUUGCAUAAUUAAUUGACGCAUGCGCCACACAUUGCAAUCAGCUGUCAGAAAGAACAAAAUCACGUAAAAACAAAAUUAUUUGUGUCUUUAGAUAAUUCCCGUCAAUAUGGCGGGGCAAAAUCCAGGUUCGCCGACUGACUUUCAGUAUUUUUACGAGGAUGAAGUGUAUAAAAUCAACAAUCGCGGGCAAGUGGUCUUCGGCCUCGUACUCGAAAACUAUGAAGGCAUCUCCAGUGAUCAAGAGAGCGACAUUGAAGCAGCAGUGCAAAAAGGCGAAAUUCGCGUUGUGUGGCAUCCUUCCGGCACUGAACGAGUUAUAUCCGAGAAGUCAGUUGGACUUGCGGAUCGUUCGCUGAUGCCCGGCGAUGUAGUCCGGCGCCUUAUAGCUGGCAAGGACACGCAACGCGGCUACUGUCGCGACAUCGUGAUGACUGCCGCCCUGCAGAUCGUCGGGACGAAGCACGUGAUCCCCAACGUGGCUAGUGAACGACUCCAACCGCUGGAGGAGUUUACCCCUGAUUUGGCUGUCUGCCUCGACUCCUGGGUUGGGACUUCUAAGGCCGUGCACAGCAAACUGCGCCUUGUCUCAGCCGACGGCUCCCGCCUCGAAUACCCGGACUUAGACAACUGUCCCCUGGAGGACUACUCGAUGCGCCGGCGCCGGUCCACCCCGUACUCCUCGUCUGAGUUCUACCCGGGGCAGGUGGUCUACGGUCCCCUGGGCUCGCUGGACAGCGCCAACUGGCUGCACGUCACUAAGGAGAUGAAGGCGGCGAGGAAACACAAGAUGCACGAUCAUAAGUUCACCGUGGAGGCAGUGGUGACGGAAAGCGUAAGCGUGCACUGGCAGUGCCGCGCGUUGUGCACGCUCCCGACCGACGCCGCCGCGCCUACGCAGCCCAAGUUCCUCGUCGAAGGUGAGGAUCUGAAGAAUUUGAAGCUGCUGAAUGUCUUCGAGCCCUGCACCCUUCAAGUUGGAGACAGGAAUUUCCUAACCAUCGGUCCGGAAGACACGUUCAUCAGCAAGAAGCAAUGGCGUAAACAACAUAGCAAAUACUACAGGAACAUCCGCAAGCAGUCGCGGCCGUGCAAGAAGCCGUCCAAGUCCGAGACCAACUCGUCGGACCACGUGCCUUCGCGGCCCAAGAAGAGAGCCUCCGCGCACCGCAAACUAAAAUCUUCUGAUACCAACUCCAUGGAGAUCGACCACGCGGACGCCAAGCUGGAGUCUUUGGACGACGCGCUAAAAGCCGACGCGAACUGUCCGAGCAUCAAGAUCGAGCCAAGCGGAGACACGUCACUACCUAUGGCCAGCAGCCAGGAGGACACGGCUACUGAGGAGAAGAACGACUCCGGCAUCAGGUGGCCUCGAUUUCCGGAGCCGAACCGCGAAGACAGUUCGCUGUUAAACGGCGACAGCAAGUCGGAGGUGGCUCUCAAUGAUGAUGACUCCGACAACUGGGAGAAUACCAGCAGCGAUGGCAGUGACACUGACAGCGGUGCCACAUGGUCAUCCCGCUGCUCCUCCGCCGCGUCCCAACGCGGCAAGCGCUCCCCUCAGCUAGCGGUGCGCUUGUUACGCGGCAAGCGCUUGAAGCGGACCGUGCGCCGCGCGCCCCCCGCGCCCCCGCCGCGCGCCGGCGACCGCGUCGUGGUUGAGACGCUACACACCACGUCGCGCGCCAACGUCGUGUGGCAGGACGGCACCAUAGAAAUGGGCAUUCCUUCGACCCAACUGUAUCCGAUUCACCACCUGGACGGGCAGGAGUGCUUCCCUGGAGACUUCGUCGUCAGCGGCGCCGCCAACUGCGAAGAAAACCAACAGCUCAAGCACAGAGAGUACGGAGUGGUGCAACGUGUGGACCACCACGGCCGCACCGCCAUCGUGCACUGGUACCGGACAUACACCAGCGCCGACGAGCCCGUCCCCCAAAUGUUGUACGAGAGUGAGAUGAGUGUGUACGAUCUGAAAGACCACCCGGACUUCCAAUACCGGCCCGGCACCGUCGUCAUCCGCGUCGCCAACUUCACCGGCGAGGACGCGCAAUGUACCGCUGGACAGGUCAUUGACAAUUUCCCAACGGGUCGCGUCAAAGUGUGGUGGGUUGAUGGCCACACAAGCAUGUGCUGGCCGCAGGAUCUAUACAAGGUCGGCGAAUACGAUUCCGAGGACGGCGAGCUCUGGGGCUCAGACGGUUCGGGUUCAGACGACUCGUGGGAGACGCAGAGUUCGGCGCACGACGCGUCGCCUCGCACGCCGGACGCGCCGCCGCCCGCGCCUACCACGCCGCCGCCGGUUAACGGGCCGCUCGCCGAGUUACAUAGAGAGGCGGGUGCUUUCCUAGUAUUCGUGAAUCCGCCGGUGGAAGCGGCCAUGAACAACAUGGCGGUGACGAGUAGCCCGGGCGCCGCCAACGCUGCAGAUGCGUCGGCGCCGGCGGUGGUGCCGAAACUAUUAGAGCCGAGGGUCGCGGCUCACAUCGAGCGGGGACGCGUGGCCAUGAGACGUUUGGAAGAAAUGUUCGCGAAGCAUCCCACGCUGCAAAGCCAGGAGAUCAUGCGCAAGCUCCUCAACUUGUACAAGGACUGCCGAUUCCUGGAUCGGCUAAUGGGCACGUCUUUCUUCCACGAGGAUCACUUUUUGGGUUUGUUAGAGCGCGUUCGCGAGCGCGGCGCGAGCACGCCGCGUGCGGGCGAGCGGCGCGUGCACGAACAAUUAGCGAGAUUGUUCGCGCCGCACGAUCCUGCGCCAGAGGCAGCUGCCUUGGAUGCUAUGCUGGUUGAUGACGAGCGUGAGGCACUACAGCCGCAAGCCAUCAUCAGUGCUAAUGUCACCGUGGAGCCCAUGGAGGUUGAACCUCUCACUCCCAAGAAGCAACUACACUUGAACAUAGAUCCCGUGCAGGCAUCGGGAUCGGAGGCUAAUGUUGUUCAAGAAAACGCCGUCGGCGAGAACCCGUCCACUGAGUCAGCCGAUGUAGACGGCACCGCUCGCAACGUGUGCUACAAACUGUGCGCGCUCAUUCACUCGCAGCUCGUCAAAGCGCACGCCGAAGUUAGCCGGAGAAGGCCGCAAGAGCUGGCCGAAUUCCUAAACAGCUUAAUGAGAAUACAAAACGCGCCCGGAGAGAAGUUACCCUACCACUUUUCAGUUCAAUACGGUGCGCUGGUGGUGAGCAUGGCUGACCAAGACGAAAAGGGCGAGGGCGCCAAGACGACCGGUGAUGUCAAGGACGUCACCACAACCACGGCUGCUAACGCAGAGGGGAAUGCUCCAGCAACUGAAACGGCGCCCCUAGCUACGGCCGAGGGCUCCGAGCUUGAUGCGGAGGCGGAAUCCGCCGCCGACCCAGAGGCCGAGGGCGAAGGCUUCUGCGUACUUGAGUCUGCGCCCAUUGCGCAUCGCUUCCAUCUGUCCAUGCUGCAGCCCUCAGAACCGAGGAGCUUCUACUCCGCCGUCAAGCGCGAGAUCAAACUGCUCAAGAGUGACUUACCUCCUGGAGUGUGGGUGCGAGCUUUCGAGGACCGCAUCGACCUACUAUCGGUCAUGAUCGCCGGCCCCGAGAAGACUCCGUACGAAGGCGGGCUGUUUGUGUUCGACGUGCAGUUGGGCGGCGAGUACCCGCGCGCGCCGCCGCUCUGCCACUACCACUCCUACUGCAGCGACCGAUUGAAUCCUAACCUCUAUGAAGACGGGAAGGUGUGCGUGUCGCUGCUUGGCACGUGGUCAGGCCGCGGCGUAGAAGUUUGGGGCAAGGACAGCUCUCUGCUGCAGGUCAUCGUGUCGCUCCAAGGACUCAUCCUCAACGCCGAGCCCUACUUCAAUGAAGCCGGCUACGAGAAGCAGAAGGGCACCCAACAAGGCAAGGAGAACUCUCGCAUGUACAACGAGAUGGUUCUCUUGAAGCUCGUCCAAUCCAUGACCAAGAUGGUGAUGAACCCGCCGGAGCCUUUCCGCGAGGAGAUCCUGCGGCACAUGCGCGCCAACGCCGCUGCGCUCUGUCUCCGGCUCGAAGGACUAGUGGCGCUAUCCGCCGGGACUAACACAUCUCCCGUGCCUCCUCCUGAUUAUCCCCUUGUGCCCGCUUCCCGCGGCUUCUGCCUCACUCUCCGCUCAUCCCUCGAAGCUUUCCGCAACGCGCUCCGCCGAAACGAUAUCCCUGUGCCUCCCUCGGUGUUAUAGCCUCGCGUCCCCGCGCCUUAGCUCUACAAACACUACAGCCCCGCCUCGGAAGCGCUCGCGACCGCAAGCUAUCUACGGUAACGUAAACACGUGCCCGGCGAAGCGAUAGUACUUGUCACUUGACGAGCUUGGCUUCAUUGGGCAUGCCACGUGACAUUCCUAUAGGAAAUUUUCAAAACGAUAAAAUAUUUGCGAAUUUCUUUAAAAUCAAUUUUAUUAAAUUAUCGAGUCGUUCGGAUUAGGUUAAUGCAUACGUGUAAAAAGAACUAAAGCAAUAGAUACGAUGCGUUUGACAGCUCAUGACAAUACGCCAAGUCGCUGGUGGCAUGGCCUCGUUCUUCUGGCCUGGUCAACUAUUCGAGACUUAUUAACGUCUUUAACUUUCCAAGCUAGGGUUAAGCAUAUUGGUAUAUAUUGUGGCUGUCUAUAAUAAUGCACUGUUUUAACUAUAACAACUUGGUUGGUCGGUUAGCACAAUUAGUUAUAAUCAAAAGAUAUGUAUGUAGUCAUUACCUAGUUAAAAAAUACUCCAUAAACAGCUUUCAUAAUCACUGUAAAUCCGCCUACCAUUAAGUACGCCGCACCUUUGGAGAAGUUAGAAAGUCUAACUAAUGUAGCUCAGAAAUUCUGAAGGCAAACGCGUACUUCAUAGUAGUUUUUGUUUCGAGUACUUAUGCUACCGUAGAACGUAAAACGUUAGGCUAGGUUUACACAAGAACACCAAGCACUACAUUGACACUAGUGAGAAAUGUACAUAGCAAAACCAAUCAAAUUGUUUGCUGUAAAGACGUGAUUCACUAAAACAUUGGAGCGUGUCGAUUUGCAUAGCACAUCACGGUCUAUACCACUUUGAUCACCCAGGUGAUCAAAGUGAACUCCAGACGACACUUUGGUGUCCUUUGAUCAGCCAUGAAUAAGAAGUCCACUUUGAUCACCCAGGUGAGUGGAGUGGAAUAGAUCGUUUGUUCCUUAUGUACAUAAUUGAAAUCUACUGGUUUUUUCAACUCGUUUUUUUGCCCAUUCAGGGAAUAGGUUUGCCGACCGUGUAAGCCUAGCCUAUAAUCGCCGCGUGCGAUCCCGAGCGCGCCGACGCUUGCGCACGGGCGUGCCUCGCUGAACUCUCCUUACAAAUCUAAUAUCGUAGUCAUAGUAUUUAUUGUGAUGUACCUUUCGAUAGGAAUAUUAUAGAUGUUCGAGCCGUCGGGUAGAUAUAGUUACUGUAUAGUUGUCGCAAUUCACGAAGACGAGUGAGCUUUACAUGUGUGGUGGCUCGCUACUGUUCGUUUUUCAAGUUUUGAUAGACAUUACACUAUCGUUAUGUGCAUAUACACGUACACACACAAGUAAAGCUCACUCGCCUUCGUGAGUUGCAAGAACUAUAUUUUCUUGUUUUCUCACGUAAAUUGAAACACGUCCCGGGUGACACUUGAGACUUGAGUAUUAAUCCGACGCGAGAACGUCCGGUUGCUUCGUAUUACCGGCGAAUACGAGCCCAACCUGCUCUCACUUGUAAUUAAUAAAAUUCUAAAUGAAAUAUUCGAUCUUAUGCGAAUAAUAUGAUUAUUAGGUUUAUUAAUGAAUAGAUUAAUAAUAUUAUUUAUUUGUUAAAAAGUAACUAGUACUUUUAAUUCAUCGUACAGCGCUAUUGCAGUUAGUUUUUACGAGUACUUAUUGGAAUUAUAUUUUCAAGCCGAAGCUAUUGCUCUCAUUGGUAUUUUGCUACACUAAUAUUAUUAUUACGAUACAGACAGGUAAUAUUGAUAGUCUUACGUGUAGACUUUUGUUUCUGUUACAUUACGUUUUGGUAAAGUCGAUUUUCAUCACGUGUAAGAAUGUAUGAGUAUAAUGAAUGUCCAUUAAAGUUUUUUUUUAUAUGUGUAAUGUGUGUAAAAAGCAUUCACUCAUUUUUAUGUAAUUAUAGUUUAUAUUUUUUUGUUUUUAUUAUAGCGGGAAUAUUUGAUUUGUAUUGUAUUAUUGAGCUAUACACACUUUUAAAUUUCGAUGUUUUAAAUGCAGUACAUAUAAUUUAGAUUAGUUUUAGUUGCUAUCCAAGAUCUUUAUAAACGGUGUUCUCAAAAAUUAAAUCUCAAUUGAAAUUUUGCUAAAGUUAGUUAAGCUUUACGGAUUUAGUACAGUCGUGUAAUUUAUAUAACUAUAAGUAUUAUUAUGGUCUCUUGAGAUUAUUGAAAAUGUAUAUAAAAACGAUUUCUAUCUUAGCUUUGCAUGUGAAAUAUUGAAUUAAACUCGAUAAAACGUUUCUUACGCGACUGUACUACAGCUUUUACAGAAAACAUCUAAAAUAUUUAACAUCCUCGCCCCGUGGGCUGUGCUAAGUUAGUGAAACUAAAUUUUCUGGUCUCAAACCUGCUUUUUGAAGGGUAAAAUUUUCCUUUGUUGGUUGGUUAGUGCUUGUAGAGUGAACAUCGCCCGUCCCGCGGCUGCACAAAUACAAUGUAACUUCAUGCCAAAGUCAAUUGAGCUAUGAAAGGCUUUUGUCGCUUUGUACGCGAGAUAAGUGACAACUAUGUAUAAUGAUGAUAAAAUAAAUAAUUCUUCAACCUUGAA